AUGGCAGAUAUGAACCUCACCCCCUCUGACCCUUCAAUUUUCAUCCUAACAGGCAUCUCUGGCCUGGAAACUGCCCAUGAAUGGAUUUCAAUCCCUUUCUCUAUAUCCUACAUUAUUGGCCUGCUGGGAAAUUUCACACUUCUGUUUGUGGUAGGCAAAGAGCAGACACUGCACAAGCCAAUGUACCUGCUGCUCUGCAUGCUGGCGCUCACAGACAUUGCCACGUCUACCGCCAUCGUGCCAAAGGCACUGUGUAUAUUUUGGUUCAAUUUGAAAGUCAUUACUGUGGGUGGCUGCCUCACCCAGAUGUUCUUUCUUCACAUGUUUUCUAUUAUGCACUCAGCUAUCCUUGUGACAAUGGCCAUCGAUCGCUACGUUGCCAUAUGUAACCCUCUGAGAUACACCAUUUUCCUCACCAAUGCAAGAAUAACUAAGCUCGGGCUAGUCGGUUUGGUAAGAGCUGUUCUCUUCUCUCUGCCCAUGCCCCUGCUCCUGAGAAAGCUGCCAUUCUGUGCCAACCGCAUUAUUCCCACCACGUUCUGCGAGCACAUAGCUGUGGCGAAGAUUUCGUGUGGGGACAUCACAGUCAACAGGAUGUAUGGCUUGGUGUUAAUGUUUCUAGUCAUGGUGUUAGACCUGCCACUCAUUGUGCUCUCCUAUGGUCUAAUCAUCAGGGCCGUCUUCAGAAUCUCCUCGAAGAAAGCCCAUGAAAAAGCCCUCAACACUUGCACAGCCCACAUCUUUGUGAUGCUGAUGUAUUAUACUCCCUCCCUCUUCUCAAACCUGACACACCGUUUUGGUCAGGGCAUUGCUCCCCACAUUCACAUCAUCUUGAGCAACCUCUAUCUUCUUGUUCCUCCCAUGCUCAACCCUAUCAUUUAUGGUGCCAAAACCAAAGAGCUUCGUAACAAAGUUGGCAAAUACACCUGCAGAAGUUAA